AUGGAGGGAGAACCAGAGGAAUCUGACGAGGACGUUCAGGGAGAGGACAAACCCACUGUGCUGUGGGAAAAGUGCAUUCAGCAGAGCAUCAUUGUUGACCUCAGUGAGGACGAAAGUCUCCACUUCAGUGAUCUGGAGGGUUCCUUAGCUUUGCAUCUCUCACAGGCAGAGUCUGCUCCAUCAGAAGCUAGUAUCCAUCUCAGUGGGAGUGCAGAGCUGUCUGCUUUGGACGACACCUCUUCAAACUCUAGUGUUGUCAGCAGCCAGAGCGAGAGGGUGGUAGGGAGCAAGACCAAGAGCAGCAAAUUGCAUGUGUCUGCCCAAAGACCCAACACCAUGCAGGAUCAGGACCCAGGACAAAGUACCAGUGAUGAGGAUCAGGAAGACCUACCUUAUGAUGGUGACCUUGGAAGCCCCUACUUCAACCAGACAGGAAGCUCUCAGGGCAACAUGAGGUCUGAUGGAAGAGAAACUGUUCAUGCAAGCCCUGAUGUGUCUGAUCUGCAUGAAUGUACUACAGGAGACAGCAGCCAUACCCUGAAACAUUUGGCUCCUGUUGAGCCUCAUGCUGAGAAACCAGCAAUUUUAUGUCAAGAGGAAGCCCCAUCAUGUACUAGACCUGCUGAUGGCAACCAGCUGCAGGACAUUAACCAGUUGCUGCUGCGACACUUCUCUCAGGAAGAGUUACUGCGGUCAGGCAGGCUGAUCGAGGCAGAGACUCUGCCCGAAGUGUCCCUGCUGGAGAGUGUGGACGAGACCCUUUUUAGCUGGGCUCCAGCACACAAUGGUGUAGAAAUUCAUAGUAACUACUCUGAGAGCCGUGCGUGUGAGUCUAAGAUUAAUCCGAGUUUGUGCUAUAGUAGGACUGAUGAUAAGAGAAAUAAUGCAUCAAAAAAUUCAAGUCUAGAAGAGGAAAAAGAAAAUGAUAGUGUCACCUCUGCUGCUACUGACAGCAUUACAUUAAGCUCAAAACAUGGCAGUAGUGAUAACAGUGCUUUAAAUAUAGUGAGUAAAGAAAAGACUGAAGAGGAUGGUCCAGUUCCGAAAGUCCCGCUUGUGCGAUCCUUCAAUGAGAUGAAGUAUGGCCAAGGCAAAGUCCAUUACCCACACCCUGACUUCUCCAAGGUUGCCCCCAAGGUAAAAAUCCCUAAAGUCCCUAGUGGUCCAGCCAGACCAGUUCCUCAGGUCCCCAGCACCAUGCACAGAGCCCAGUCCUCUCCAGGGAUGUUAGAGGUUAUCAGCCAAAUCCUGGAGGAUUCAAUCCAGCCAUCAGAGAAGCCCUAUGUCUUCAAAGACCUGGAGAAACAGACUCCCCCAGCACUGGUGCAUCACCUGCAGGCUGAAUAUGAUAAAUUACUCACCAAAUAUGCCGAGGCAGAGAAUCUUAUAGACAAACUGAGACUUGAAACCAACACUCAGCCCUCCUCAGAGCUGAUGCUUGAUGACUAUGGUGAUGAUGAUGAUGAUGAUGAUGAUGAUGAUGAUGAUGAUGAUGAUGAUGAUCAGGGAAACUUAGGUGAGGGAAGCCAUCUUGGAUCUUUGGCUCCUCACAUUCCCCCAUCAGAAAUAUGUGGUGAAAAGGUAGAAAUUAACCACAAGAGAAACAUUAAGGAGCUGAACAAAGCUUCCUCCAGCCAGCCUGAUCCAGAGUGUCCCAGUGAUGGGGAGCAAAUGACUUCUGAGCUAAGAGACAUCAUCAGCCAGUUUAUGCAGAAGGUGGAAGAAUUAAAACUGAGUGUAAGCAACAUGUCAUUUAGCACAGCAGAACAGCAAAUGAUUUUGAGGAGCAUGAUGGAGGCUCAGGACCAGUUGGAAAGAAAAUACAUCAGUAAGAAGGAUGAGCACAGAGCUCUGGAGAUGCAGAACUACAUGGGCCUAUCCAGGAACACUGGCACAUUUGACCCAAACAGGCUGGUGGAGGGAGACAUUUUCAGGAUAGGGAUGCACCUUGAGGAUAUAAAGGAGAUGAUAGACAAAAACAUGUACGAUCAGAUCUCCCCACCCCACUCUUCCUCCACUCCCACACCCAUGACAGAGUUGCUGUAUGGGAAGCCCAGUCCGCUCAGCAUGCACACAGCCUCACCAUUAUCACUGCAUGAGGGGUCAAGUGCAGGAUUUUCCACUGUGAGUUACAAGAUGGAAACACAGACUGAGGAAGAGGAAAACAAGGAAGUGGAGGAGACUGGCGAGGUCCAUGGAGAGGGUAGAUUAGAGCAAAGCAGUGAGCUCAUAACCAUUGACUCUCUUCUGAAAAAUACAGCACAUGGCAGCUACUGUUCACGGUCUGUGGGCUCUCUCGAGGGACUGAACACCUCGACUGCUGAGGAUGAGGAGGGCAACGAAGAAGAGAGGAGCUCUGUCUUGUCAGAAGGGAUAAUUCAUGGUAACAUCAUAGCAUACCUGAGUGGAACUAGCUCACCCUCAAGACAGAGACAGUGGACACCUGAAGGUAGCCCACAGGAUAGUGUCCUGAACCCAGACAGUGAAUGUGAUCUGGUUGAUUGUGUAAGUCUGGCUGUGGAGGUCUCCUCUUCCUCUCAUGCACCCAGAGACCGAGACACCAACAGCCUCUCAGAGCCGCCCCUCAACACCUCAUCUAGGAUUGUGAGUCCGGAGACAGAUAGUGGAUUUGGGAGCUCUUACUUGAGUCAAUCAGCUCCUGGGGCAUCUCAGCCAAAUCUGCACCCAGAAAGUGUGCAGUCCCAGAAUGAUGGUUUAAGUAGCUCAGACAGUGAAGGGUCCUGCUCCAACUUGCAGACAGCCAUCCAUCCAGCCAGCCAGUGGUGGGCCAGCCCUCACCCGUCUGUCCAGACACAGUCCGGUGGUGCAGCAGCCUCAGUGGAGCUGUGGGUGAAGAGUACCACCAAGGAGCCUUCAGUUAGGCUGAAGGGAUCUGAGCCCAGCCUGCCUGCCCAGCUCCAUCACCACGUCUCUGAGCCCACACUCAGCACCACCAUGGAUACAGCACAGAGAGACAGCCAUAUGUACUUCUGCUCUUGUAAUAGUGAGGCUAUCCUGGCCUUGCAGUCAGAGGUAUCCCGGUUGAAGAAGGACCUGGAGGAAGGCCUGGUCCAGCUGCCUCACUUAGCACAGAAGAUGGACUACCUCACCUCCAAAAACAGACAGGAUCGUCAGGAGCGCAGAUCCAAAACCAGACCCAGGACCCACCACAGACCAGCCUGUAGUAGUCAGGUGAGGAUAGAAGACUGGAUUUCUUCAGAUAUGGACCCCAGCAAGAGCAAAGGUGCAGACAGUGAUGACAUGGCCGGCUCGGAGAUCUCGCCACAAUUCCACAAUUCACCUGUGGGGAGCCGGAGAGGCAGCAAAAGCUCUGCACCAGAAUUUCAAUAUAAACUUCAGGGGACACUGCAAGCCAGUAGAGCAACCAUCAUGGAGAGUUAUUACUCCAAGGAGAGAUGGUCUCUCUUUUCCCCUGCAUCACGUCAGAGGCCUCUCCUCCAGGUCAGCUACGGCUCCUGCAGUAGCCUGCCUGCCAGCUAUAAAGUGAGGGAGCCACCGCUGCAGUCCGUGUCCCAUCACAGGAAGCGUUCCACCCAGUCGGACACAGCACUCCUGCCCAGUAACGUGUACUUCAAGCGGACCCUGUCCCCAGUAUCAGUGCUGUCAAAGACUGGCGGCAGGGCAGGGAGACGCAGAGGGAACAAGGAGGAAGAGAUUAACAGGACUCUAGAUCAGGCUAUUGAGGUGGCCCGCAACAUGAAGAGGACUACUGACCGCAUGGCUAAGAGCCUGUCAGCAGACCUGGCUAAACUGCACAACAUCCAGCCACUAGGGGGCAGGAAACACCACGUCCUAUAA